GUUAGGACAAAUGAUUCUCUUAGUCAUUCAAACUUGUGCUUUUAAGAACGACUACUGGAUGCGGAACAAAACUCCUAGCAGUUUAUAAGCAAAAAUGGCAUCCAGUGUCUUGAGCACUAAGCCUGAAAUAUACACAGUAGAAGGUUCUCAAAAGGAGAAACCUUCGAUUAUUGCAAAAGUGACAGGCGACAAGAAUGGCAUUCCGAAUAAAAGCGAAAUCCGUACGAAGAUUGAAGGAUGGUUCAAUUUUAAAGCAGAGCUAAAGUGGCUUAAUAUCAUAUCCAUUUUUAUCAUUCAUGUGAUAAUGUUGUACUCCUGUUUCACUUUUAAAAUUGCCGAAAAUUGGAAGACAGCUAUUUGGAUGUUUGCCAUGGGCUUUAUACAAGGAAUCGGCAUCACUGCUGGAAUUCAUCGUCUCUGGAGUCAUCGAGCUUAUAAAGCAAAAUGGCCACUUAGAGUUAUAUUACUUAUUUGCUAUUGCGCGAGUGGCCAGAACAACCCUUAUGACUGGGUACGAGAUCAUCGAGUACACCACAAGUACACGGACACAGACGCGGAUCCACACAAUAGCAACCGAGGAUUCUUCUUCGCUCAUGUCGGCUGGCUGAUGAUGAAAAAACAUCCAGAUGUGAUACAAAAAGGUCGUCAGAUUGAUAUGAGUGAUACAAUGACGGAUUCUGUUUUCGUAUUUGGUUGCAAAUAUUUUUUGAUACUCAAACACAUUUUCGCUUUUCUGCUGCCUAUUAUGCUACCUGUAUAUGCAUGGAACGAGACUUGGUCCAGAGCUUUUGUAUCGCAGAUUUUUAUUCGUUACGUCAUCAGUUUAAAUUUCACGUGGAUGAUUAACAGUGCGGCUCAUACCUGGGGCUCGAAGCCAUAUAAUGCGAAUAUAAAUCCGACGGACAGCAAAAUUACGGCGCUUUUGACGUACGGCGAGGGAUGGCAUAAUUAUCAUCACGCGUUUCCGUGGGACUACAAGACGGCCGAAUUAGGCGGUAAUAAUCUGAAUGUCACCAUGCUGUUUAUUAAUUUCUUUGCUAGAAUAGGGUGGGCAUACGAUCUCAAGCAACCAUCGGAAGAACUCGUGAGAACCAUUGUCAUGAAGAAGGGUGAUGGAAGUCACCCUUUGUGGGGUGCAGUGUCAUAUGAGGACAGUAAAAUUAAAUAACAAGGAUACCUUCUUCAAACAUUUGUAAUCAGCGAUUACGCGAUUAAGAUUUUAUUUAGAGAUAUACGUUAUUAAUACCAAGAAAUCUAUCUAGCGCAACUUAUAGAGAUAAAAAAUAUGGCAACAAUUCAGAAAUGACAAUUAUUGACAAUGUGAUGAUAUAUCAUUGUCAAGGCAGCUAGAAAGAGGAAGAUACAAGAGAAACUAACACAUGCUAAUUCAUUUUAAUCAUAUUUUUAAUACACAAAAGAAUACACAAAAGAUCCUUAUAAAUAAAUCUCCUGAAUCUCAAAA